AUGGCAUCGGAAGCGACAGCCGCCGGUGCAGAUUCAUGGAAUCCAGCGUUGAAACCCGAAGACAAUAAAGAAGCAGUUGCGAUUACCUCACCCGAGGGUGGUUUGUCGGAUUUGAUGGCGGCGGAUGACUCUCCGGAAAAGCAUGCUUUUGUUCCGACAGCACCACAAAGUGAUGACUUGGCCGUGAAUAUGUCGCACGAUACUUCCGCAGACCAAGCGCACGACGCGAAUUUGAACUUGCGAGAGAACGGCCCGCCGCCCGCCGAGGACUCGGCUACCCACCAGGAUACUGUUCCAAACAAUAAUCAGAUGGAUGAAGCGGACUCGCAAAAUAUCGACGCCUUGCAACCCGUUGAAUCUGACGAGAUCAACGCGGUACCGCCUCACCCAGAAGCUCAACCGGCGCCAAUCCAGCCGCUUCCGACAUCGCAAGCUCCCCCGGUCGAGGCCGAAAAUCAAGGUCGCAAUGAGCCAACCUUCGUUGAAACCCCAGCCCAAAAUAAUCACGCCGACCUCGUACCAACGAAAAUGGAGGCAAACACGGAUGGACCGGGAUUUUGGGACAAUGAAACGGGCGGGGACGUGGAUUCGGAUGCCGAUGAUUUCUUCAAUCAACUCAAGACCCAGACGAAGCCUAUAUUUGCGCCACCAGAGGCAGAUUCUCGGUUUGAGGAAGGGCUACCAUUGUUGGAUGAGUCUGCUCCAGGGUCACCGGAGCCGGAAGCGCAAGAUGAGAAAGUCAUCGAUACUGUCUUCGCCGACGAUGAAGACGAGGCGGACGGUUUCUUCAGUUCGGUUGCUAAGCUAGAGCCCAAGGCGGAUCCUGGGCCAUCCGGUAUCACUCGUAAGAGCACAACUCAGGUGAUAGAAUCGGUUGGGUUCGACCUAGACUCGCCAGCCAGUGACAUCUCGGCGGCCGCCCAGUUUGAUGACGUCCUCAAGGCUGCGGCAUCUGAGUCCAACCCAAAGAACGACCCGUCAGAGGAAGAGCUCGCCGCCCGUUGGCAGGCAGAGCUGGAUGAUUCCCCCGAGGAUGAUCUUGCUGCGCGCUGGGAGGCUGCGCUGGAUGACGACGAUUUGCUGUUGGAGGAUGAUGCCGCCCAGCCGGUCCCCGAGCAACCUGUCCCCCAAAGCCCAGCUCUACCAGUGACCAAUGCGGGACCUCCGGCAUUAGACAGUCCAUUUGAAACGCCACAGAGUUAUGCUCGGCCUCGACCCGUCCCCGGUGUUUACGCUCCCCAUCAGCCAUCUACGGCAGAUUUGGUCCAAGGGGUACCUAUGUCUGGAGCUCCACCAACAAACCCGGCGAUUUCUUCGUAUUUCCCGCAACAGCCAUUAAACCCGGUGACCAAAAGAGCUGAGAGCUUUGCUGAUCGGUCGAAGGAGGGAUACAAAUCUCCUUAUGAUCUCCCGGAGGAUCUUUCCCGACCCCGGAGGCCUGUUGCUACCUACAAACCGGCCGCUCCUGUAGCAGCGGCAAACAUGCCUCCACCACCUCGAGACAGUAGCAUGAUGCCCCCUCCACCUGUCCCUGCCAUGUCGACCCCGGCAGUUGCGCCUCCUGCGCCUAUGGCUGCUCCUCCCGCAGCUGCAGCAGCUCCUCCGCCAGCUCCCAAGAACUUUUACGAGGAACUUCCUCUACCUCCACCAAAGUCUCGGCCUUCCAGCUCAGGCCGGUAUACCCCCCGGUUUGAAUGCGGCGACGACUGGGCCAUCGCCUCUUUCGCCUCCGAAGAGCCAUCUCUGCUACAACCCCCCGAAACCUUGGAUCCCUAUGCCUCUAGCCUAGCCUCGAGUGCCCCAGCGGGCCCCAGUGCUGCCUCAAGAUAUUCUCCAAAACCACCUGGCCUGCAACCAUCCACAAAGCCGCCUGCGUUGUCAAGAUAUUCGCCCGCACCACCUGGAGCAGCAUCGCGCAAUCGUUAUGUUUCUCAACCUUUGAGUGUCCCGGGCCAAAAUGCUUCCUUGCCGUUCCAGCCCCGCACUUCCAGCCCUCUCGCCUACCACGAGAAAGUCUCGUAUCAACCCGAGGAACCGAAGCAACCGCCAUCGUUGGAGCCUGCGGUUUCCUUUUCACCGCCGCGCGCACCAGAGUUGGCGACCGAGCAAGGAUCAUCUUAUGCUCAGCAACAACCCAGUGGACAAGCCAAUGUUCCCAGCCAAGAAAAUGCAGCCGCACCCAUUGAUCAACAUCAAAUUCCCCCUAAAAAUAGAUAUGCGCCUCCCGAGUAUAUCAACGAAUUCGCGAAGCGUGUUGUUCCGCCCACCCCUUAUGCCCCUGCUGCCCCAGCAUCGGCAGUGCAAACUUCUCCACCACCCAGUGAUCCCCAAAUGGCACCGUUACGCAGAUCCCAGACCCAAUCUCCUGGCCAGGAGAUGACGAGUCCCCGAUUAUCGGUUCCGAAUAUUGAUCCUCUGCAGCGUCCAGCCUCGGUGCAUGGCUCAGGAUCCCCGACCAAAACUGUGAAUCCGUACGCUCCUGCGCAAACUCCCUUGCGGAACCGUGCUGCUUCCCAGCAUCUUGAAUUCAUUGCACCAAAUGAUGGGCAAGAGGGUGAUCCGCUUGAGCGGUGGAAGGGCGCUCCAAUCUUCAAAUUCGGAUUCGGCGGGACAAUGUUCACUUGCUUCCCUAAACACAUUCCUCGAUACUCCGCAGGUCAAGUGGCGCCCCUGAUAAGGCCUAGCCCCGGAGAGAUCAAAACAUCUCAGCUGAGUGCAUGGCUACCGCCUGUCGACACCAUCGUUCAGCAUCCUGGACCUCUCAAAACCAAGUCCAAGAAGAAGGAUCUGCUUGCCUGGCUCUCAAGCAAGAUCGCCGCUUUUGAAAACGAAGGGCUUCCCGAUUACGACCAACUCCAGCUUGAUGCACAGAAGCGCCAUGAGGAAAGAAUUUUGCUCUGGAAGGUGACAAAGAUCCUGGUUGAAAACGACGGUGUUUUGGAAGGCUCACCCAAUAUCCAAAAAUCUCUCCGCCAGGCUAUCUUUCCCAAUCUUCCUAUCUCCGAGGCCGAUGGCCCGGUUGGAAAUUCUCUGGGAAUGUCUGGUGGUUUCAAGCCUUUGGAUUUGACGUCUCAACCCGACGCUGUGGAUUCGCGGUGGUCAGAAGAACUCCGGCAUAAUCUGCUUCUCGGUGACCGAGAAAAGGCAGUUUGGGGCGCAGUAGAUCGCCGUCUCUGGGGACACGCGAUGAUUAUUGCAUCCACCAUGGAUAAGUCGAUAUGGAAACAGGUCACUCAGGAAUUUGUCCGGCGCGAAGUCAGAUCUACAACUGGGAACGCUGCGUCUCUCGCGUCUCUCUACCAAAUCUUCGCUGGAAACAUCGAGGAAAGCGUUGACGAACUCGUACCCCCAUCUGCCCGAGCAGGCCUGCAAUUGGUCAGCAAAGCCGAUGGUCAGGGUGCUACUAGAAAUGCGCUUGAAGGAUUGGAUAGUUGGAGAGAUACUCUGGGCCUGGCUUUGAAUAACCGCAGCUCCGAGGACCAUCAAGCACUGUUGGCCCUGGGCCGUCUGCUAGCUUCUUAUGGCCGAACGGAGGCUGCUCAUAUUUGCUUCAUCUUCUCCCGAGCCGUCAUAUUUGGUGGUGCCGAUGACCCGCAGGCCAACAUUGUUCUUCUCGGCGCCGAUCAUCGGCUUUUCCCUUCCACGUUGCUGGACCAAGAUGCUAUUCUCUUGACGGAGGCUUUUGAAUUUGCUACCGCUGUUCUUGGCAACUCACCAAAUGCCAGCAUACCGCACCUUCUGGCUUUCAAGCUCCUCAAUGCAAGGUACCUUGCUGACCAGGGCCGCAAUUCAGAAGCACAAAGCUACUGCGAUGCGGUAGCAGUCGCCCUCAAAGCGACUACUCGACCGUCGCUGUACUACCAUCAGCAUUUGUUCAUGGAAGUGGAUGAGCUUUCUGCGCGCCUUCGCCAAACGACCAGUGACGAUGGGAGCUCGUGGAUAUCGAAACCUAGCAUGGAGAAGGUCUCGGGCUCCAUGUGGGCCAGGUUCAACAGUUUCGUCGCUGGCGAUGAUAGUGACGCAGCCUCGACAGGCUCUGGCAAGGCCGCAGAAGCAGCAGACUUUGGGCCUUUUGCCAACGUUGCUGGGACGCCAACUGUCAGCCGCUCACCAUCUAUGUCUGACAUCAAUGGUUCUUACUUUGGGGCUGGUGCGCAGCCAAUUCCAACGGGUGGCCCGUCACGGUACCUCCCUUCGAAUCAGUACGCACCAAGUGCAUCGCCCGAGCAGUUUCGCGGUCGGUCUUCGAUGGAUUCUCAGAGGUCCGCCUCGUUCGGUUUUCCAUUGGGGCAGCGCAGAAGUUCUCAGGAGCCCUCGCCUCUGGUGGAUUCCCACAUCUACCAGGGAGGGUCAUUGUCUGGUUCGCCAGGUAUUCCUGGGUAUCAAUCAACACCACCUCAAUCAUCUUAUGUACCUCUGGCUCCCGUGGAAGAGGAUUUGACUACCCAAUCACCAGACAAGGCAGCCCCGGUCAAUGGUCUUUUUUACCAACCGCCAGGUCAGGAUCCUGCUUCAGCCGGCCAGUCGCCGUACUAUCAGGGACCUCCUGGAAUGCCCCAAGCGAACCAUUCUGCGUAUUCGGCGCCAAGUGCAAGCAACCCAUACGAGCCGCCUGGUGUCGGCGCGGGUAUAACCCCCGACCCUCGGAAUUCUGAAGAACCUUUCGUGGACGAGCAGCCGAAGAAAAAGGCAUUCAUGGACGACGACGAUGAUGAUGACCUUGCUGCCCGUGCUGCAGCUAUUCAGAAAUCAGAGAAUGAUCGCAAAGCAGACGAUGCUUUCAAGAAGGCUGCUGAAGAAGAUGCCAAGAGAGCCGCCCAGCAACCUGCGAAGAAGGGGUGGUUUGGCGGAUGGUUCGGAGGUGGCAAGAAGGAGGCCGAUAACUCUGGCGGCCCCAUCAAAGCCAAGCUUGGUGAAGAGAGCUCAUUCUACUAUGAUCAGGGGUUAAAGAAAUGGGUCAACAAGAAGGACCCAGGCAGCAGCGCCCCUGUUCGCGCCACGCCCCCUCCUCCGCGAGUUUCUGCUCCUCCCAGCCGCGCUGCGAGCUACGGCAGCCUGCCUUCAGUUGGGGCUCCUCCAAUGCCCGUGGGCUCGGGCAGUCGGCCUCCAUCUUCAUCCAGUGCCGCGCAGUCCAUCUCUUCCAGCCCUGCGUUUUCUGGACUUGGUGCUCCACCGCCCAUUGGAAGCUUGCCUCGAUCGGUCUCCACUGGCGGAGCUGCUCCAACACCGCCUGGUAGCUCGGCAGGACCACCCCCAUCGCGGCCGUCAUCCUCUUUGACCCAUGCCAGCUCGAUUGAUGAUUUGCUGGGUGCUCCCCAAGCACGCAAGGGCAAUUCAGUCCGAGGCAAAAAGAAGGGUCGCUAUGUCGAUGUCAUGGCGCAGUGA